AUGGCGUUGGACUUACAACCACCCAACGAUCGGAAACGGGUCAAGGUCUACGAGCUGAGGGAUAACGACUGGUUUGAUCGAGGGACUGGAUUCUGCAUGGGACAGAUUCUCGAUGACGAACCGCGGAUAUUCGUUCAGUCGGAAGAUGAACCCAGUCGUGUACUACUGGAGACGAGAAUCUCCAAAGAUGACGGCUACCAAAAACAACAAGAGACCUUGAUCGUAUGGACGGAACCCAAUGGAACAGACAUGGCAUUGAGUUUUCAGGAAGCGGAGGGCUGCGCGGCAAUCUGGAAUUUCGUGCAUAAUGUCCAGCAACAUCUACACAGCUUGGCAGCUGCAGAUGACGCCUUAUCCGAUGACCUUGAAAACUACCAGUCAAUCAUGUUGCCUCCCCCCGAGCUCGGUAACCUCCUGGAAAUCGAUCAUGUCAUGAGAGCCGCGAGUAUCACGCAAGCCGGUCGCGAUGCGCUGUCGAAAUUUGUCAUCCGCGACGGGUACAUCCCGAAGCUGAUACCGCUGGUCACCAUGGCGGAGGACUUGGAGAGUCUCCCGGACCUGCAUCGCCUCUGCAAUAUCAUGAAAUCGCUUAUUCUACUCAACGACAACACCAUCAUUGAGACUGUGGUUACAGAUGAUAUUAUCUUGGGAGUGGUAGGAGCGUUGGAAUACGAUCCCGAUUUCCCUACCCACAAAGCCAAUCACCGUCAAUACCUCGCAGAUCAGACCCGUUACAAGGAAGUCGUUCCCAUCAAAGAUCCUCUUAUCCGCCGCAAAAUCCGUUACACCUGGCGCUUGCAAUACUUGAAGGACGUCGUGUUGGCUAGGAUUCUGGAUGACCCAACUUUCUCGGUCCUCAAUUCUCUGAUCUUUUUCAAUCAGGUUGAGAUUGUGAAUCACAUCCAGUCGAACGGGCCCUUCUUGAAAGAACUCUUCUCGGUCUUCGAUCCGCGCAACGCAGAUCUGAGGCGCAAAGAUGACGCUGUGCAGUUCCUCCAUCAGUGCGCAGGAAUUGCGAAGAACCUACAAGCGCCAGCACGCGCCACUCUGUUUGCGAACUUCAUCAACCAUGGUCUUUUCGCCGUGAUUGCAUUCGCCAUCAAGCACCCCAAUCCGGCCAUGCGCACGACAGGAGUUGAUCUCCUCGUCGCCCUCCUCGAUCACGAUCCCAUUAUGAUGCGCGGAUAUAUGCUCAAGGCCGUCAACGAAAAGAAAACACCUCUCACCGAUACCCUCAUCGACCUUCUCCACGCUGAAUCCGAUCUUGGCGUGAAGAAUCAGCUUGCAGACGCCAUCAAAGUUCUGCUGGAUCCGCAAAUCCCUCUGCCAGAUACCAUGGGUCGGGCUGGUCCCGACUAUUUCUCCAAGUUUCGCCCUAACAUCCUCUCGGAUGCCUUCAUGCAGAACCACUUUGAUGAAUCGGCUAGGAGGCUAUUUCUACCCCUUAAACGCCUCGAGGAUCGUACAGAUGUGAAUGACCUUACGUUCCAAGAAGUAUCGCUGUAUUCACAUCUGGUCGACAUCCUUACAUUUUUUGUUCGCCAACACCUGUACCGAAGUCGCAAUGUCAUUCAUAGCGAGUCUCUUGCUCCCCGGAUCGCCCAGUUACUGAGAAUACCUCAAAAGCAUCUCAAACUGACCGCAUUGAAAUUCUUUCGUACUCUUGUCAGCCUGCAGGACACGUUCUAUCAGGCGCUGAUGACGCACAACAACACUUUUGGGCUGAUCUUGGAUAUUGUUCACGAAACGAUGCCGCGUGACAAUCUACUCAAUUCAGCAUGCCUGGAACUUUUCGAGUUCAUCAAGCGCGAGAACAUCAAACCGAUCGUCCUCCACGUCGUUGAGAAAUAUCGUGAAAAGAUCAAGGACAUCACCUACGUUGACACAUUCCAAAGCCUAAUUCUCCGCUAUGAGCAAAUGCAGGGAUAUGGCGCAGAAGCCGACACAACGCUUUUAUCGCAAGAAGAGGAAGCUCGAAGGACGCAAGCGAACGGCCAACGCUGGCAAGGGGUGAGGGAGAUGGAUGCUGCCGAGGAAGAAUACUUCAACACAUCUGACGACGAAGAAGAGGUAAUAGCUCCCACGAGGAUGGAGGGUUUUGUACAUGCUAACUCCUGUUCUCAGUGGCAGCAAGACAGCCGGAGAGAUAGUGCGCUGGCAGUCAACGCGCAGAAUGGCGCCGCCUCGCCGCCUGUAAAACCCCUGGUCGAUUACCCAGACGAUGACGAGGACGAAGAUGCUAUGGAUACUAAACCAGAAUCCGAGCAAGCGCCACAGGAGGAAGAAACGCAUUCCGAAUCUUCCUUGGAGACGGCGUCAACCCCGGUGUUGCUUGCAAUACAGACUCCUCCAGAACGAUUAUCAGAGAAGCGUCGGCGUGAAGAGGAGGAUGAUGAUGAGCUGGUCAAGCUCACUUCUGGGCCGAAGCGAAGAAGCUCCGUAAGUAGCAACUCCAGUAGUGCUAGUCUUUUUCGAAGAAAGCGAGGCAUGUCAGUUGGGACUCUUUCCGCCACGGACAAGGGAUCAGCCCAGAACCUACCGAGCAGCGGCGGUGCUAGUGCAGCGCCUAAACGGAUAGCCAUCAAUAUUGGCUCGGCAGUCAAAUCAUCUGCUCUAGAGACCGAGUCAAGUGAGUCUGCCGCAACAGAUGCAAACAACGAGAAAGAAAAUCGGGCCGAGAACCCGAAUGAGGACGGUUGA